AUGGCCACCGCUUCAGAACCUCCGACACUGCAGGCGGCCCCCGUCGAGCCGAAAUACGGCGGUGCUACGCGCUUCGAGCUCGAGCUCGAGUUCGUCCAGGCCCUGGGCAACCCGCUCUACGUUAACUACUUGGCCACCCAGAAGUUCUUCACGCAGCCCGCCUUCGUCGCAUACCUCGAAUACCUCCAGUACUGGAAGCACCCGCCGUACUCCAAGUACCUGACGUACCCCGGCCCGGCCCUCAAGAUGCUCGAGCUGCUCCAGCAGGAACGGUUCCGCCAGGACGCUAUCAGCCCCGACGUCAUGAACAGGCUGAUGCAGGAUUGGCUGCGGGAUGCGGUGCUGUGGCACAGAGAGUCUCAGUGA